GAAGAAAAACGGGAGGGGUGGGGGUUGCCAAUCGCCAAUAAACUCUGAAGAAGAAGACUAGACGAGAGCGACAAGAAGCCAAACCAAACUUAACUGACCUGAACAUAUCCGCUAUUCUCGAUUUUGCACUAGAGUCUGUGCUUGUCGAUUGUGUGCUGUUGUUUGUACUUCAGCAUGGCGGUCGUCAUCCGUUUACAGGGACUAAGAGUCACAGCAGGUUCGGAGGAUAUUCGCAAGUUCUUCGCUGGCCUCAAAAUUCCAGAUGGAGGGGUGCAUAUAAUUGGUGGGGAGCUUGAGGAAGCUUUCAUUAUCUUUGCUUCCGAUGAAGAUGCAAGAAGAGCCAUGACACAGUCAGGAGGUUGCAUUAAGGGUUCACCUGUUCAAUUGCUACUAAGUAGUAAAACAGAGAUGCAGAACAUGCUUGAAAGAAGUACAACAAAUGUAGAGCUAGAUGAACGGAGACGACUUGAGGAGAAUGCAAGACGUGCUAGAAGAUCUGUGGAUCCUGAGGUGGUCAGGAGAUCGGCUAGCAGAUCAGAUUAUUCCCCUCCCCCCCAUCACCAGAGGGCUUCAAACACUAAUGAUGACUUUGUGCAUGUGUUUCUAAAUGGAAUGCCUUUCUCUGUGACUGAAGAGGAAGUCCGUGACUUUUUCUUUGGUUUACUUAUUGAUGAUAUGGUCUUAUUGAAAAAUGCACAGGGUGCCAACAAUGGGAAAGGUAUCGUCAAAUUUGCAACAAGAGAGGAUGCACACGAAGCCCUGAAGAGGGAUAGGAAAUACAUUGGGUCAAGGUAUGUGGAGGUUUCCACAACGACAGCAGACUUUUGGCAUCGGGCUACUGGUAAAGAGUCAAUGGCUGUCAACAACUUUGAAAGGGAUAGAUCACCUGUUCGCCAUCAGAGGAAUCCACAUCAUGUCAGGUCACAAUCUCCUUUGAGGCCGGUUUCUUCCGACGAUGAGUACUGCGUUUUGAUGGAAAAUCUGUCCUUUGCAGUGGAAAAAGAAGACAUAAAAAAGCUUUUUCGUAAUGCAAAGCUUGAGGAUGACCAGAUCCUACACUUAAUUGGCAGUGAUGGGAGAAGAACUAGAUCUGCAUUUGUGCUGUUUAAGAGUCUGCGUGACUAUUGUGAUGCCUUGACUCCUGAAAAAAGGCAGUUUUUCAACCGAUGGAUUUCUACCCGGCCAAUCUCGAGAGAGAAAAUGAUCACCCUUCUGGAAGCUCAGAGCAUGGAUGUUGGACCUUCUGAAAACUCUGAAAUGUUUCAGGAGAGGCCUCCAUCUUACCCCAGUGAUCCUUAUGACUCAGAAAAAAUUUGUGUGUUUGUGCGGAACCUGCCAUUUGACGUACGGAAAGUUGAGAUCAUGGACUUCUUCCUUGGGUUUAAUAUCACAGAGGACAAGGUGUUUGUGCUGCGUGACCAUAACGGUGCUGGAGUUGGAAAGGCGUUAGUUCUCUUCCGGUCUGAGGCAGAGGCUAUGAGUGCACUCUCUCUCAAUGGACAAAGGUUUCUCGGGUCAGAGGUCACACUGAAAUGCAUUUCACGUUCUCAGAUGCGGCAGUUGGGUGUUGAGCCACCAGUGGUGCAAGAGCCAAUUGUGCAAGAGCCAAUGCCAAGAGAGGAGCGGUACUCAGGCAGGAGAAGCGAGGCAUCCUAUCGCCUUGGUGACACAGAGUACCCCGACUUUAGGAUUUCUCGUGAUGGUAAUAUACCAAUGACCAAUGCACAGGCUCACAUCCACGGAGGCAGAGAUUAUGAGCCCCAUGCAGGAGGCCCUCAUGCUCCACAAGACAGAGGUAAUGGCUUUCGUGGUGGCUUUGGUCCCUCAGUGCAACAUUUUGACGGUCCCACUUGCGUAAAGCUGCUUAACUUACCAUUCCAAAUCAGAAGUGAAGAAAUCUAUGACUUUUGCUAUGGAUUUCGCAUUAUCCCUGGAUCUGUCUCACUGCAGUAUGACCAGAGAGGAAAAUCUAAAGGCUCUGCAACUGCAGUAUUUGAGUCCCGUCAGGAGGCGUUGACAGCAGUUGAGGAACUGAGUGGAAGACCAAUAGGUCCAAGAAAAAUACAGCUAUUACUUGAGUAAAAGUGACAUUGCCUUGCAUGGCAUCUAACAUGCCCUAGCAGUGUAGGUUGGACAUGUACAGUGUUGAUUAAGGGAUAAAAUUGCCUUGUCUUUUCUUUUCUUUUUUGAUUACACAAUACAAUUGUGAAUACCUGGAAUUUAGUUUUUUUUUUUUUUUUUAUUAUUAGGUUAUAUAGUCUUUUGACUAAAUAUGGGGUUUGUAUGCAUUUUUUAUCUUAAAGUGAAAUACUAGAUUUUUGGUUGACAUUUCUUACAUUUAAUUUACAAUAUAGUGUGGAAUAAUGUUGUGAAAUGUUAUUUUUUAUAUAAAAAUGCAUACCUUUUUGAAUUGUUAUAGUUGAAUUGAAUACGUUUUUCUUCACACAUCUGUCACUUGCAGUGUAAACACAUUUUGCUUGCCACAUAAACCUUACUUAUAUAAAGUGCAGGUUAAUCACUAAUUAAAAGGAAUCAGUUAGUGAUAACUUUUAAGAUUAGUUUAAAUAGGAUACCCUUAAGUGGUUAUCUGUGGGAUAUACAGUAUUUGCCUUUUUAAAAACAAAAAGGUCCAAGAGCAAGAUUGUAAAACAAGAUAAUAGGACAAGUGACCACUGUGAGAUCUGUAAUAUGUAUUUCAAAUUAAAAAACUUGUAAACUUUCUAAAUUUGAA